AUGCUCAGAGUCCGCCCUCAGGUGUGUUCAGUGAUUGAUGAACCGCAUGGGAAUCGUGGAUAUUACGUGCCACAAACAUCCGAUUUGGGCAUGGCCUUACAGAAAAUUUUCAAAGGAAGUGACUAUUUUGGCCAAAUUUGCGAACUGACCACCACCAUGACUAUGCCGAUCAACGCAUUCAACUUGGAUGAGGUCGAGAACCUUGCUCCUCGCCCACCCAGUGUCCCGGAUUACCGAUUUCAUGGAAACAUUACUGCAGCGAAAGAGGGCUUAUUUCUUGCUUCUGAAUACUUUCGUGAUUACUUCGAAGGAGCGGAUCAUCAGGAUGCAAAUUUCGGCGACGUCGAUAAGCAAGCGGUUCUCAUAGCACUGACAUUCGUACUGACGGGAACUGUGGAACCACCAUCCACAUUGUCUCCUUCAUUCGUGUGCGACAUCAUCGAAACUGCUCGCCAAAUGCGAGCCUUGAACUUUCCGAGACUACGAAAUUCACUGGAAGCAGAAGCUAUCAAAUGGGCGGUGAAGCAAAGCGAAGAUCUACCUGCACUACUUUUAUGGUUUAUAUGCUCCCAUGACUGUUCAAUGCCAAAUUUGCAUAUGGUCUCGUUAUCAUACAUUUCCAGUACUCAUGCGGUACAGUACAUGCGUGACUAUACAGACGGUUCGAUGGUGAUAUCCGUAGCCAAAAACGAUCCAGAAAUGGCCGAGAAGCUUAACAAGCGUCAGGGUAUUCUGCGACCAACACCACACCAACGAAUAAUGACAAGCAUACGAUGUGGUGGGAAGGUGCGUACCGUGGCGCGAGUCGAAGUUCCUGCAUAG